AUGUCGAAAAAUAGUCUUCCUUCAGAUUUGAAUAAGAAACUAUGGGAAUCAAAUUUGGUGAGAUUUGAAACAGCCAAGAAUUCAAGAAAGUAUGCAAAGAUUGUUGACAGUCUUGAUCAAAUGAACAAAAUGCCAACAGAACAGCAUAUCCUGGACAGAUUUACGUGCUUGGCUGCAAAUGUGAAAAGUAGACAGGAGAGAGUUGUGAUAGUGGUCAAAGAAGUAAAAAUCUUAUGGAAAAAACUGAAUCUUCCAAUUCAAAAAGGCAAAUCUACAGUGGAAAGAAAAAUUGAGAAUGUACUAAACAAGUAUGAAAAAGACAGCAGAAAACCAGGAACGCAAGACUUUACCAACUUGUUCAACGUAACUGAUGAAAAUGGAGAAUGGUUGUGCCAGGAAGAUAAAGCCUUCUAUAACCUUCAGAUGUCAACAAAUUGUAGAGCUGGCUACUGCACUACAAUUGAAGAUACACAAGGAGUUCAUCCUAGAAAACUAAAGUUGAUUAAGCAAAAAGCCAAAGAGUACCAGCAACUGAAAGCAUCUUUUGACAAUUCUGGAGAUGCUCUGAAGGAAGAAGAAGAAGAAGUUGUUUGGAGAGAUGAUAUGGCUUUCAUUCAUCACUUGAUCACAUGUUACAGACAGUUUAAGAAAACAGGAUGCUUCCCUAAAGUAAAAUUCAGAACUUUGCCAAAUAUAAGCAAUGCAAGAUGGAAUAGCCGAGCAAUCUAUGCUUUGCUAGCUUAUAUUUUACUUCCAGAAUUUCGACAGUCAGCCGAAGGUCAGUCAUCAUGUGACUUUAUUAGUGGCACGUGGAGUGACAUCUGGUUUUCUGGUCAGGUUUAUAAUGAGGAUAACUACAAUAAUUUGGCAGCCGUUUGCAAAGAUCACUCAAAGGCAAUAAAGACUUUAAGGACUUUUUGGUCGGUUGAGCCGACUCCAAUCCCAACUCAAAGGUCAAACAUUUGUGCUGAACGUGCAAUUAAAGUUCUGCAGGAUUUACUUCCAUUGUGCAAAAACAUUGAAAAAAUUAACAUUAAAUUUCUUUUGACAAAUGAACACUAA